GUCUCCUCCAAGAACAUGGACCUGGUCCUCGAAGUUCAAAGCAGCGACGUCACUGGGGAUGAGACGUUCGGCACUGUCCGGAUACCGAUCUCCGACGUCGCGGUAGCUGCUCCCAGACUGACCUCAGCUGCCUUAAGCCCAGCAGGUGGGGAGUUGGAGUUCGAGGCCCUCUUCCAGCCCGUCGAAGAUGUGGCUCCAGCCUCGCCAACGAAUCCCCUUAAGGGCGACGGCUACAAGCGCAGCACUCUUGGCACUCAAUCCGUUGUGGCAGGGCUGACUGCGGCUAUCUGGGACAUGGACAAAGCCCAGGUACAGGAUGCAAGCAGCUGGAUUGUGUCUCGGGCCGGCGAGGGGUCCUUCCUGGUGCAGGCGAAGAAAGGCCUGGUCUGUCCUGCAGGCCAUCCCAUAGACAAGCGUAAAGAGGGAAUGUCUUGGCGCCAGAGUCUUCUCCACGGUGACACGAAGGACUGUGACUUCUGCCAUCGUGAGAUUCAGCGAACCGAGACCCGAUGGCGGUGCUUCCAUCACUGUGACUUCAAUGUCUGUGAGUCUUGCUACGCAGCCAACAAGAGCUCGGCUACCGAGAACUGA